CCAUGAUCUGCGCUUGCUGUAAGUAUUUCGCUGGGACCAAAGGGAUUCGCUCAAAAUCCAUCCAAAUAUGGUGAUUUUAACAUCAAAGCGGGUGAUUUUUGGAGCAUACAUAAACUACUUUAAUUAAGUACCUCUUUGAUCCACACCACUCCGCACAGUGUCUGAAGAAGCUCAGGUCGGUUUGAUUUGGUGGUAUGGUAUUCAUUUUGCAUCCAUAUAAUCUCAGAACGCUUAUAAGUUUACUCUGGUUAGCCCUUAGUACAAGCAUAUCGUCAGCGGUCGUGCGGAUACCUUUUUCUGACGAUGCAGACUCUUUGUCGCAUCACUACUACCUCAUAUUAAUAGGUUCACGUACUAUCCUCUCCCGACUUCAACUUCACCAGUCCUCCUGCAAUAUCGGACGGACCCGCAAGAUUUACUGAUUGCCAUCGCACGCGCUCGCGUGUUUUAUUCUCGUUGUCUCACCGCUUAGUUAUCAAGACACCCGCAGUGAUGCUGUCGUACCGUUAAAUGCCCGCCGUGACUACUAGGUUCCUCUUACCAGUACUGCAUCGUUAUUGUAAUUAUUCAAUCAUGCAUCAUGUUCUCCCACGUUCUUACUGUGUCGUGGGUGACAUGGAUACGCCUCUGCCACCAGCAGAUUAGUGC